GUCGGGCCCUGAGCGCGGGGGAGGGCUCAUCCCGCCGGCCAGCCCCGAGAGGCGGGCCCGGCAGCGCGGCCCUCCCCUCACGGAGGCGGCGGGGAGAGGGGCUGGGCCGCCGCCGGCGGAAUGGAGGUGGAGGUCGCAGAGGACGAGAAGGCCGGACCCGCUGCAGGCGAGAAGCGGGGAUCUACCGACCCUUCGGGGGCCUCUUCGGCCGGCGGCGGCCAUUACGAGCUGCCCUGGGUGGAAAAGUACAGACCCAUGAAACUAUGUGAAAUAGUUGGAAAUGAAGAUACUGUGAGCAGAUUGGAGGUCUUUGCAAAAGAGGGGAAUGUACCAAAUAUUAUAAUUGCUGGCCCUCCAGGAACAGGUAAAACCACCAGUAUCCUCUGCUUGGCUCGUGCUCUGCUUGGUCCUGCAUUGAAGGAUGCUGUUUUGGAGCUGAAUGCCUCAAAUGACAGAGGCAUUGAUGUUGUGAGAAACAAAAUCAAAAUGUUUGCCCAGCAAAAGGUCACACUUCCAAAAGGUCGGCAUAAAAUAAUCAUCCUUGAUGAAGCAGACAGCAUGACAGAUGGAGCACAGCAAGCACUGAGAAGAACAAUGGAAAUUUAUUCCAAAACAACGCGCUUCGCGCUUGCGUGCAAUGCCUCAGACAAAAUCAUAGAACCUAUUCAAUCCCGGUGUGCAGUGCUGCGUUACACCAAGCUGACAGAUUCACAGAUCCUUGCAAGGCUACUGAAAAUUGUUGAGAAAGAAGAUGUACCAUAUACAGAUGAUGGACUGGAAGCCAUUAUCUUCACAGCCCAAGGGGAUAUGAGACAGGCUUUAAACAACUUACAGUCCACAUAUUCUGGAUUUGGCUUCAUAAACAGUGAAAAUGUCUUUAAGGUAUGUGAUGAGCCUCAUCCUCUGCUUGUGAAAGAAAUGAUACAACACUGCAUAAAUGCAAAUAUUGAUGAAGCAUACAAGAUUCUUGCACACCUGUGGCGACUUGGAUACUCUCCAGAAGAUGUGAUUGGCAACAUCUUCCGUGUGUGUAAAACCUUUCAAAUGCCAGAAUAUCUGAAACUGGAAUUCAUCAAGGAAAUUGGGUACACUCAUAUGAAGAUAGCAGAAGGUGUGAACUCACUUCUACAAAUGGCUGGACUGCUGGCCAGGCUGUGUCAGAAGACUGCAGCCCCUGCAGCGAGUUAGGUAUGUCACUGAGCUGAAGCGUGCAUUCUGGAAGGUGAAGGCCUGGCGUGCAGGCUCAGCAGCUCUGUGUGUGUCUUGAAUUCUGCAUGCAAAGAGCCUGUUCCCUUGGUUUUACUAAAUUGCAGAAAAUAAUCAGGUUCUGUUGUAAAAAUGUUUUGUAUUUUUUUUUAUUUAGACCAAUAAAGCUUUAAAAUUUA